AUGGCUCCGACCAACGACAAUGAACGGCCCAAUGCGAACGAAAAGGUGCUGCACGUGUGGUCGAAACCGAUAGCAGAGGGCGAUCAGGUUCCCGGUCUCCAAGGGCCGGACAAGAAUCCAGAUGGGACUCCGAGAGGUUCAAGGUCUGCCUUUGCAGAGGCUGUCUCAAUGAUCAAGAAGGAUGAUUUUGCGAACGUAGCAAACACGCCCUGCUCACGGCAAGGAUUACUGACGGGAAUUGGGGCGGGAGCUGGCUUGGGCGGCUUGAAAUUUGUGAUUCAAGGUAAUGCUGCCAAAUCUGCCAACUGGGCGGUUGGCUUCUUCCUCUUGGGUAGCAUAGCCUCGUACGAGUACUGCCAGUAUCAACGGCGGGCCGAGAAGAUUCAGAUGAAGAGGCACAUCGAAGUGGUCACGCAGAACAGAAAAGAGCAGGCAAAGAAACUAGCCGAAGAGAGGCGGGAGCAGUUGAGGAUAGAGGAAGAACAAAGAGCCCGAAAUAAGGCCUGGUAUAAGUUUUGGUGA